CUCUAGCUGGCUGAACGGGUCUACAAAUAUACACUACUACUCCACUAAUGUCACAUAUCCACAACCAGGUGAUCUCAAGUAAUUAACAGAAAAUAUAUUCCAUCAUUGAAAAUGAGUUCCGUUGUUUUGGGUGCUACUGGUAGGGAGAAUAAGACAUCAUGGCCUGAGGUGGUGGGCAUGUCCAUCAAGGAGGCAAGAGAGAUCAUUCUUAAAGACAUGCCCAACGCUAACAUUCAAGUUCUACCGGUUGGCUCGCUUGUGACCCAAGACUUUCGCCCUGAUCGUGUUCGCAUCUUCGUUGAUAUUGUUGCCCAGACUCCAACAGUUGGCUGACAAGGAUAUGCCUUAUCUAUAGGCCAAAUAAACAAAGCCUACUUUUAUGUAUCAUGGCUAAUAAAUCCUACAUUUCUUGGUUAUCCUUGAUUGGUUUAGCUUAUUAGCUAUAUCGCCAUCAAAAGGGGCCCCAAGAAAUUACAUGUAUGUCUAUCAUAAAAAUCUCAUCCCGAUGGAAUAUAUAAUAAAUAAAUAAUGAUAUAUGCAAUCGUAACUAUG